AUGGGAAAUCUCGGGUUCACCACACUAUUCGACGAGAACAUUAUGAGGGCUGUUACCCCGCGAAAGGUUAAAGUUCCACCCAUUGACCACUACGAUGGAACAACUGAUCCCAUCGAUCACCUAGCCGCUUUCAAAGCGCAAAUGAGUGUACAAACUAGCAGCGAGGCAGCAUGGUGCAAGUUCUUCCCCACCAGUCUAAAGGGUCUGGCCUUAACCUGGUUUACCGAGCUGCCCUUCGGAAGCAUAUCGAGUUUCACUGCCCUCGAAACAGCUUUCAAACAGAGCUUCAUAGCAGGAAGAAGGCAUCGGAAGACCAGCAUCCAUCUCAUGUCGAUCAGACAACGGAGGGAGGAAGACUUAGCCGAGUACAUCAAGAGGUUCAAUGAAGAGUCUCUCAAAGUUUCUGACCUACAAGAUAGCGUGGCGUUUACCGCACUCAUGUCUGGACUAUAUCCGUCAAGUAGGUUCAAGCUGAAACUCGCGGAAAGCAAGGCCUCGUCGUUCUCGGAAGCUGUGAACCUAGCCCAGAAGUUUAUACAAGCCUCCGAUAUCUGCAAAACACAUGAGGAGCCUAGCUCCGGAAAAAGAAAACACGAAUACACUCCUCGAGCGGACAACCCCAGGGACGCCCCUCGAAAAGAAAAAGAUAAGAAACCUCGGUUGGAGAACCAUUGGAAUGACCCCCGGUACAACCUCAAUCAAAGAGAAAUCUACUUAGAUAUCAAAUGGAAAUAUCCCUUGCCAAAACGCAACCCCAUCCGAACGUCAGCCAGUAAGCGAGAUAAAAGGCUUUGGUGCGAGUUCCAUCACGACUGUGGUCAUACCACGCGCGAAUGUCGAGAGCUGAAAAGAGCUCUCGAUAAGCUGGCCGACGAGGGGAAACUGAAUCGAUACUUAAAGGAUCCGAAAGGAAAGAAAAUCGAGUCCUGCCCGGAAAAGCAGACUCGAAGUGACGAAACUGCAGGGUAUGUUAACGUCAUCGCAGGAGGUUCGCCUUAG